AUGCUGUCUUGCCUGGUGCCGCUGCACUGCUGGCUCGCCGCGGGCAGGGGAGCGAGAGCCCAAGAGCUGCUCCUGUCUGGAAAACUAAGUGAAUAUGGUGUGAUUGUGCCCUUCAGUACAGAUUGCCAGGGACGGUUCCUCUCGCACGUGGUGUCUGGCUCAGUCGCAGCUCAGAGGCAGGAAGCUGCCUAUCCUUCUGCACCUCACUCAGGUCGACACAGAGUGGUCCGCAGCACCCCUCUGAAUCGAGACAUGCCUGGGAAUCGUUUGCACUACUUCAAUGUUACUGUUUUUGGGAAAGAACUGCAUCUGCGCCUGAAGCCCAACCGGCGGCUGGUGUCCCCUGGUGCGCUGGCUGAGUGGCAGGAGGAUUUCCAAGAGGUAUUUCAGAAGCCACUGCAGCAGGAAUGCAUCUUCACAGGAGGAGUCUCGGGUAUGCCAGGGGCCACAGUAGCCAUCAGCAAUUGUGAUGGACUGGCAGGUCUGAUUCGGAUAGACAGCGGUGAGUUUUUUAUUGAACCCCUGGAGAGAGGACAGUGGGAGAAGGAAAAGACCGGGCGAGCUCAUGUGGUCUAUCGCAGGUCUACCAUCCACCAGAAGAGAGCAGAAGCAUUCAAGGAUCAUCAUAACGAAGGCUUUAGCCUGGGUCAGCUCCCCAAAACUCUGAACCUGAUUGAAGACCAGUUUGGUGAAGCGGAUCGGAAGCGGCGCCACGCCAAGAAAGAGGACUACAGUAUAGAGGUUCUGCUGGCAGUGGAUGAUUCAGUUGUGCGGUUCCAUGGGAAGGAACAUGUCCAGAAUUAUGUUCUCACCCUCAUGAACAUAGUAGAUGAAAUUUACCAUGAUGAGUCACUGGGUGCUCACAUCAACAUUGUCCUGGUUAGAAUGAUCAUGGUCGGAUACAGACAGUCCAUCAGUUUAAUAGAGCGAGGGAACCCAUCUCGGAGCUUGGAGCAGGUCUGCCGCUGGGCCCAUUCUCAGCAGCGCUCAGAUCCUGAACAUGCUGAAUACCAUGACCAUGCCGUGUUCCUCACCAGGCAAGAUUUUGGUCCCGCAGGUAUGCAAGGAUAUGCGCCUGUCACGGGCAUGUGCCACCCUCUCCGCAGUUGCACCCUCAAUCAUGAAGACGGAUUCUCCUCGGCAUUUGUGGUUGCCCACGAGACCGGACAUGUGUUAGGUAUGGAACAUGAUGGUCAAGGUAACCGAUGCGCUGAUGAAACGAGCAUGGGGAGCAUCAUGGCACCACUGGUGCAGGCUGCCUUCCACCGUUACCACUGGUCCCGAUGUAGCAAGCAAGAGCUGAACCGUUACAUACACUCCUAUGAUUGCCUCUUGGAUGAUCCCUUUGAGCAUGAUUGGCCCAAGUUGCCUGAGCUGCCAGGAAUCAAUUAUUCUAUGGAUGAGCAAUGUCGCUUUGACUUUGGUGUGGGCUACAAAACAUGCACAGCUUUCAGAACCUUUGAUCCUUGCAAGCAGUUGUGGUGCAGCCAUCCAGACAACCCGUACUUCUGUAAAACAAAGAAAGGACCGCCCUUGGAUGGCACUGAGUGUGCGUCAGGCAAGUGGUGUUUCAAGGGUCACUGUAUCUGGAAGACUUCGGAACAACCUUACAGCCAGGAUGGCAGCUGGAGUUCCUGGUCCAAAUUUGGUUCCUGCUCCAGGACUUGUGGGGGUGGGGUACGCUCCCGCAGCAGGAACUGUAACAACCCACCCCCAGCCUAUGGGGGGCGUCAUUGCCCAGGAGCCAUGUAUGAGUACCAGGUCUGUAAUAUGGAUGAGUGCCGGGGCCCCUAUGAGGAUUUCCGUGCCCAGCAAUGCUCCAAGCGGAACUCGUAUUAUACUCACCAAAACACUAAGCACACUUGGCUUCCCUAUGAACACCAUGAUGAUGCCCAGAAGUGCGAGCUGAUUUGCCAGUCUGAGGAAACUGGAGACGUGGUCUUUAUGAAUCAGGUUGUUCAUGAUGGCACCAGGUGCAGCUAUAGAGACCCGUACAGUGUCUGUGUGAGGGGGGAGUGUGUGCAUGUUGGGUGUGACAAAGAAAUUGGCUCUCUGAAGGAGGACGACAAGUGUGGUGUUUGUGGAGGUGACAAUUCCCACUGCCGGACAGUGAAGGGGACUUUAGCCAAAACCCCAAAGCAAUCAGUGGGUGCUUUGAAAAUGUUUGAGAUUCCGGCUGGUGCCAGGCAUGUUCAGAUAGAAGAGAUGGAGCCUGCAUCCCAUACAAUUGCUGUGAAGAACCAAGCUUCUGGCAACUUCAUCUUUAAUCCUAAGGGCAAAAACGCCAAGAGCAGCGUCUUCCUGGAGAUGGGCCUGGAAUGGGAGUACACAGUGGAGAAUGGCAAGGAGAGCUUGAAAACCUGUGGCCCGUUGCACGAAGCCAUCAGUGUUCUGGUCAUCGCACAAGAGGAUGAUUCCAAGAGCAGCUUGAUGUAUAAGUACAUCAUACAUGAAGAUCUUCUUCCAGUCAUUGGAAACAACAAUGUCCUCCUUGAAGAAAUGGACACCUAUGAGUGGGCUCUGAAGAGCUGGUCUCAGUGCUCCAAAGCUUGUGGAGGAGGAAUACAGUACACCAAGUACGGCUGCCGAAGGAAGAGCGAUAACCGAAUGGUGCAUCGGAACUUCUGUGAUAAUGGAAAGAAACCAAAGCCAAUCCGGAGGAGAUGCAACAUGCAGGAGUGCUCUCAGCCAGUCUGGGGGGCUGAGGAGUGGGGUGCCUGCAGCAAGUCUUGUGGCAAGCUGGGCGUCCAGAUCAGAGUGCUGCAGUGCAUCCAACACCUGCAAAAUGGCACGAACAGGACCGUGCAUACCAAGCACUGCACGGGAGACAAGCCGGACACGCGUCGGCCGUGCAGCCGUGUGCCUUGUCCUGCCCAGUGGAGGACGGGGGCCUGGUCCCAGUGCUCCGUCAGCUGUGGAGAAGGCACCCAGCAACGCCAGGUGGUCUGCAAGUCCAGCGAUAACAGUGCUGGUCAUUGCGAGAGCGAGAAACCAGGGACCAGCCAGGUCUGCAAAAUGGCAGCAUGCCUAGAGGAGCCUUGCCUUGGAGACAAGUCCAUAUUCUGCCAGAUGGAAGUCCUGGCUCGCUACUGCUCGAUCCCUGGCUACAACAAGCUCUGCUGUGAAUCCUGUAGCAAAAAGGCCGCCACCAGCCAGCCUUCCACCACCGACCAGGAUGCUCCUGAGACAGGGAUGCCCGGAGGCACUGUGCUUCCCAGCCCCUUUGCACAACGGCCUCCCCAUCCCACUGACGUGGGUCUUUUGCAAAGGAUAAAGGGCACCGCUCCAAAAGAGACAGAGGCGACCCGUGGCUUUCUGGCUACCCUCGCGGGCUCCACUGCCCUUGGCACCUGUCAGUCUCAGAGCAAUCCAGAGCACGGCACGUCAAAGGCAGGGGUGCCAAAGCUCCCCCUCCCUCCCAAGGACCUCCAGGGCAGCCCAGUCUUCCAGUGGCUGCCUGCUGUCUUGGACAGGCCUCUUGCUGGGUUGCAGGAAGGAAGCGAGUCUCCUCCUUUCCCUCAAGACAGGGGGCAACAGAGAAAGGACAACCUGGAGUCGGAACAGUCACCCACCAAUCUCAGGACCUCCUCCCCAGUUGUGACAUGAGUAGGAGUGUCUCCUUCCAGAACCUUCUGUUAUCUCUCUCUCCCUACACAGUUUACAUGGGGCAAAGCCACCAGAUUUCCGGGCCCCAUUCUAAAAAGGAAGUACUACCCAUUUCAAAUGCCACCACGCUCAUUUAACAACAACAGCAGUGUUGCUGUUGUUCUGAGGUACUUCUCUUUUAAAAAGAAUAUUUUAAAAAAAUCAGAGAGGCCAGCAGUUGUGACAACAGCUGUUUUGCUGUUGAAGAAGCCGCUGAGAGUGGCUGAACACGGUGUGCUUGUGCAACCCAGGCUAGGUUACCUCCGAGUGUGGCUUUGAAUCAGCAGGGCUUUUCUUCCAGGGUGCUAACGAGAGUUCCCAAGUAAUAAGGCAAACAGGGCAAAACCCCCAGCCCAAGGACCAUGCCCCCCACCUCCCCUCCUCAGUUUCCAUCCAUUGCUGCUGCUUUUCCAGCCACCCGGAGCAUGGCGGAUUCAAAAACGGUGCUGUGGGCCAUGUGGUCCCGGUUUGCAACUGGUGGGCAGCGUGCGGAGCAUUUCAGGCCAUGUGGACCGAAGCAACUUGUGUAGCAGGGACAAGAGGAAACCUAGGUUAGGAAGGGAGAAAGGUGUGCUUGGAUUGGAGCAUUGGCCCUCUGACUCACAACAGGUCAUCCUUACAUCGCCGAGCUGCUGAAUUCCACAGCUCACAUUUUAAAACACGCCUCUUGAACCGUGUCUGAGCAAUGAGCACCUCUCCUUUGAAAGCCAGUGUUCCGAUCGUGUGGCAGAAAGCUUUUAUUUAGCAUGGCAAUGACAAACAGGGAGAAUGUAAGACCCUGUUCAAGGCUGCCUUGUGGAAUCGGACCAGAGCGCCAUCUGUUCCAGCACUUUGUCUGCUGCAGUGGCCAGCUAGCAGCUUACAAGCAAUGCAGGAGGGCUUUGCCAUUUUAGCAACUGGUAGCCAGAAUAUGUUGCACUUGAAAUGAGAGGACUUGAGGAACAAACCAGGGAAUCAGUGACAGAAACAUGCUGCCAAAUGCCUUUGUGUUUGAAUUAAUGUUAUUGCUGCAAAGACGUUGCGGAGAAUGGCUUUUCCGCCGAAAGCAACCAGGCAAGAAGGAUCCAAAUCCCUCCCGGUGCACUUCAUUUCACAGCAUUGGCAAGUCUGUUUUGGGCUCUGCUUGAAGUGGGACAUGACACUAGUUUUAAUAAAUUGUGCCCACUGCAGGAACUCUGGAGAAGUUAGGUAAUUUAGUCCAGGUGCCUUGAGAAGGGGCUCAGCAGUGGCAUUGAACUACAGUCAGUGGCUUUGACCUUGUCUGAAGAUGCAGGCUUUGUUAUACUGAGGAAGGGAUGUGGGUAAGAGUCAGGGGUUGGGAGAAGGGUAUGAGUUAAAAUGAGGAGUCUCUGUCUUUUGGGGAUGAAGAAUGAGGAAGCCACCAGGCUGGUUUAAUAUUCAAACCCUUUCCUUGACUAACUCCACCCAUUCCAUCUGUGCACGUCAGACUCUUUUUUCAGGGGUUGUGGUUUGCUGGUAUUUUAUGGCAAUCCCCUUUUAUUUUUCUUCUAGACAUGUUUACAUCAAAUGGAACCUAAAGGGCAACCUGCCCUUUCUCAGACUUUGAAAUGCCACAUGUGUAGUCUCAGGGAUCCAGACAGCUUUGUGUAGUGCCCAGUUAACUGCUUUAAUCUCCACUUUGCAAUUUGCUAAUCUGUUUGCUCUUCUUCUUCUUUUGUCUGAGCAUCGCUUCCUUUAUUACUUUGAAAAGACAAGAGUCCUAACAUUUAAUAUCUAGGAAAGCAACAACAACCUAAGAACAUGGGAAAGGUAUCAUGCAACUCUAUUUUUCUAAGGACAAAAGAACCCGGGGCAAAUCUCUGGAAAGUCUUGGCGACAGAUCCAACAGCCACAUGUUUGCAUUCAGGAAAGGAAAUGUGUGUAUUUUUAAAAGUCCAUCUUUAUUGAAUGUCUAUAAAACACAUACAUGAUA